AUUAGAUGAAACAGAAAACAUAGCUUACCUCAGUUUUCAAUUGUUUUUCUCCUUGGGAACGUUUCACUAUAACGUUGCACACUCUCUCUCCUCCAUUGAAGCGCUUACUCUGAAUUCUCCAUUGAAGUGGCUACUGAACUUUCUUUCCUUCAUCGAAACAGUUUUCUGAGAAACGGGUUGAUUGAAGAGACUAUGGCAUCUUCUGAGCAUGCAUCUCAAGGGGUUCAGGAUGUCAUGCUGGAGUUUCGUGCUGGUAAAAUGCUAUUCGAGGGAAAACGUGUAACCCCAGAUUCUCGUAAAGGGCUAGUUAGGAUUGCCCGGGGUGAGGAGGGCUUGGUCCAUUUUAUGUGGCUUGAUCGGGUGCAAAAUGCGAUUGAAGAUGACCAGAUAGUUUUUCCAGAGGAGGCAGUUUUUGAGAAGGUUGAACAAGCAGCUGGAAGGGUCUACAUAUUGAAGUUUAACACCGAUGACAGGAAAUUCUUUUUCUGGAUGCAAGAGCCAAAAGCCGAGGAUGAUCAACAACUAUGUCGCUCAGUAAAUUAUCACCUUAAUCGACCAUUAGAAUUUCUUGCUGAAGAGGAUUCUGGAGCAUCAAUUCCCAUUCAAACCGAGGAUAUGGUUGAAGAUGAUAUAUCAUCUAGAGCUGGUAAUUUGAUUGGCUCUAGCAUGGGAGGUGAAGUAGUGAGUGAUGUGACCUCUGCCCCUGGACCAGUAAAAAUGUCUGAUUUGCAAAGGAUAUUAAGUAAUCUACAACCUGCAGGAUCUGUAGAUGAUAUGGAAGAUCCUGAUGGAGGCUUUGGUUUAGGGGAUCUUUUGAAGCCUGAUCUGGUAUUACCGUUGCUUGAGACUUUACCUAUUGAAGAACGCCUGGCUUCAUAUUUGCCAGAGGGUCAACAGUCGCGUCAUGACUUGUUAGAAGUACUACAGUGUGCUCCUUUCCGCCAACAAGUUGAUGCUUUCACCUAUGUUCUGAAGACAGGCCAAAUAGAUUUGGCUCAAUUUGGCAUUGACCCGAGUAAAUACAAGUUUACUGUUCUUUCUUUCCUGGAGGCAUUAGAAGACUCUGUUGCAAAAGGCUUGGAACCUGAUGCAUUGGGGCAAGGAACUGAUCAGAUGGACGAAGGGCAAUAGUGUAUGGCAUUUUGAGAUUGUUUUUUCUUUACUGCAUUGAUCCUGUGGAGCAAUAGUUGCUUAGACAUCCUCGUCUUUGUUUCCCCUUUUAUUCUGCCUGGGUAAGAGAGGGGAGGGGUGUUUGGAUUUAGAACCAAGACUUACUCAAGCAAUGCAGAUAGUCUCUAGUUAUUACUAGGAUACUUGUUUACAUUUAAAUAGGCAAGACAUCCCUUCAACUAGUAGUAUUUUUUUCGUUUUCUUUUUGUUUAGGGGUUGGAUCCAUGGUUGCAAAUGAAAUUCUUGGAAUGGUGUGGAUAAUUUGUUAAUAUUGAAUAUAUUCAUUGAUUCUUCUUGGGUUAGCUGAGCAGAAAUUUAUUGUCA